UCUUCUUCUUAAUCAUAUAUCUAAACAAAAGAAUCUAUUAUAAGAUUUAUCCCCAUGUGGACCAAAUUGAGAUCGUAUUCCAGUAUCAAAAAAGAUGGGAAAGCACUGAUCAAAGAUGAUUGCAAAAGCUUGAAUGUAAAUGAGGAGUACGUUAGUGCAUUAAGAACACAAUCCUACGUUGAUUUCUUCACCAAAGCUCAAUCACUCGUAAACGAAUCGCCAUUUCCAUCUUUUUGUCACCACAAAUUUUCCGAGGUUAUUCUCGAACCGGGUCAAGAAACCAUCCCUGCGAUUCUGGAAUCAUCAACUAUUUUUUCCAAACUACCUGAACUCAAAACCCUAAUGCAUAACUACUUCGACUUAAGUGCAGAAGCUUCAAAAGUCUGUAGUCACCUUCUCAAAAACAUAAACCAAAAUCAAUCAAACUACGAAAUUAUUCGACGAGUGAUUCAUAGCACAACCGAGGAUAACUCAUCAGAGAAAGCGAAAUUCAUUAUUUCCGAGCUUAACUCAUUCAUCGUCCAAACCAAUCCAUUUUCUUCACCGAACAAGAACGAAUUCAAGAUAAUCAACGACAAAUAUUCGUCUGUUUUACGCCACUUAAAAUCGAAGAGAAAAAAGGUGGCAAGAAAGAUAAAGUUGAUAACAUGUAUCAAUAGGGCAAGUGGAGUAUGCAUAACAACAGCUUGUGGAUUAAUAGCAAUUUCAGCAAUUAUUAUAGCAGCACAUACACUUACUGCACUAGUAAUGGGGCCAGCAAUUUUAAGUUUUCCAUUAAAGGGUAUGAAGAAAAAACUAUUAGGAUUGAAAAUUAUGAGAAGUGGAAUUUUAAGGAAAUUAGGGCAACAACUUGAUGUGGCAGCAAAAGGAACUUAUAUAUUGAAUAGGGAUUUUGAUACAAUUAGUAGACUUGUUGAUAGGUUACAUAAUGAAAUUGAACAUAAUAAGGAAAUGAUUCAAUUUUGUUUACAAAGGAGAGAAGAUGAUAAAUUUUAUUUGCAAGUAAUGAAAGAAUUAAAGAAGAGUGAAAUUGGACUUAGAAAACAAGUUGAAGAGCUUGAAGAACAUGUUUAUCUUUGUUUAUUAACUAUUAAUAGAGCAAGAGCUUUAGUUGUCAAGGAAUUGACAAAUUCUAUCAUUGAAAAAAUUUAG